AUGUUUGCCACGUUCAAAUCGUCCUAUAAUGCCCAUCGCUUAUUUUUUUUCCUUUUCCUGAUUACCGCUCUUCCAAAUGUAUCCCAAUUGGUUAUGCUCGAGAGAACGAAAAAUCUGAUCAUGAACGCGAUCGGAUUGAACAAAUUCUUGAACGAGUCGCGAAACUUCGCCUCGAAAACCCAACCGGACAGGACACCGGGAUCAAAUUCUCGAUACGACUUCAUUGUGAUCGGUGCUGGGACGGCGGGUGCGGCCGUUGCAUCCAGACUCUCCGAGAUCGGGGAUCUAACCGUUCUUCUGAUCGAGACCGGAUUCGAGGAGGAGCUGUACAUGGACAUACCGUUGCUUACAAACUUUCUUCAACGGAUACCGGGCCUCGACUGGAUGUACCAAACGGAAUCGUCCGAGAAUUACUGCAGAGGGAUGAUCGGGCGCAAGUGCACUUUCCCCCAAGGGAAGGUGAUGGGAGGCACUAGCGUGAUCAACUUCAUGAUCGCUACGAGGGGUAACAAAUGGGAUUACGACAACUGGGCGAGGAUGGGGAACCGUGGCUGGUCGUACGACGAGGUGUUGAAGUAUUUCAAGAGGUUGGAGAACAUGAUGAUACCCGAGUACAGGCACGACACGGUCUACCACGGCACGGAGGGCCCGGUCAACAUCAAUUACGCCCGGUUCAAUACAACGGUGGCGAGAACGUUCGUCGAGGCUGGCCAGGAGCUUGGUUACCCGCUAUUGGAUUACAACGGCGAACGGCAAAUGGGCGUUUCUCUGUUACAAUCGCCUACUAACAGGGGUGCGCGAACGAGCAGCAACAAAGCUUACCUUUUCGGCCAGCGGAGGAGGAAUCUUCACGUGACGAAGCUGAGCACGGUGCACAGGAUACUGUUCGACGAGGGGAGGGGGCGAGCCAUAGGGGUGGAGUUCGCCAAGAGGGGGCGGCUUUUCACCGUGUACGCGGACAAGGAGGUGAUCGUCUCCGCCGGGGCGAUAUCCACCCCCAAGCUGUUAAUGCUGUCCGGUAUAGGGCCAGCUGAGCACUUGAAGGAGGUGGGCAUAGGGGUGGUCAGGGACGCCCCCGUCGGCGAAAAUUUGAUGGACCACGUGGCUUACGGAGGCCUGAUUUACGACAUAGAUCAACGCGUGAACAUGAUCAGAAACGACAUAGCCGAUAUAUUCCAAGGUUUCCUCAACGAUUAUUUCAUAGACAGGGGCGGGCCGUUCACCACGCUUGGGGGUUGCGAGGCGCUCGCGUUCAUCAACGUGGACGAUCCCAGGGAGAGGGACGUACCAAACGUGGAGUUGCUUUUUCUGGGUACCUCGAUACACACGGUGAACGUUAUAGCGGAGAAUUUCGGAUUGAACGAGGAGAUAUCGAAGAAAUUCAGGUCGUAUCGCAAUCGCGGGGCGUUGUCGGUGUUCCCUAUGCUGUUGCACCCGAAGAGCAGGGGGAGGAUAAGAUUGAGGUCCAGGAACGUGGAGGACAAGCCGAGGAUAUUCCCGAAUUAUAUGAGCGACCCGGACGACGUCAGGGUUCUGAUCAAGGGGAUCAAGGCGGCAAACGAGUUUCUGCUCACGACAAAGGCCUUCCAGAGAUUCGGUACACGGCUUAAUAACGAAACAAUGCUCGAGUGCGAGAAGUUCCCUUUCGACACUGACGCUUAUUGGGAGUGCAAUUUGAGGCUGCUACCCCUCACUAUUUAUCAUUAUAGCGGCACGUGCAAAAUGGGGCCCGAGAGUGACAAAACUGCCGUGGUGGAUCCGACGUUGAAGGUAAUCGGUAUAAAGGGGUUAAGAGUGGUCGAUGCUUCGAUAAUGCCGAUGAUACCCUCGGGUCACACUAAUAUUCCCACGUACAUGAUCGCGGAAAAGGCAUCCGAUAUGAUUAAAGAUGAAUGGGGAUAUCCGACUUCUUAAUAUUGCCGUUGGAUAAUUAAAAGUAAUAUAUAUAUAUAUAUAUAUAUUAUAAAAAUUAAUAUAUAUAUGUAUAGGUAAGAUAUUUGUUUAAUCCUAAAUCCUACGUAUUAAGA